AUGGCUCCUCCAGCACUUGUAGCUCCUCAGCCAGUGGCAACGGCCGCCGAGAAUUCUCUCAAAUCUUACUACAAGACCAAGAUUGAGGAUUUGCAGCAAAGACUACACGAAAAAUCACAGAAUGUUCGUCGUCUUCAAGCACAGAGAAACGAGCUCAAUUCUAAAGUUAGAUCGUUGAAGGAGGAGUUGAUGCAGCUUCAUGAGCAAGGCAGUUAUGUUGGAGAGGUGUCGAAGGCGAUGGACAAGAAAAAGGUUUUGGUUAAAGUGGGUUAUUUUAGUUUUUUGUUGGUUUUUAGGUAUUGCUGUCGUUUUUGAAGUUUUUCAUAUUUGUGGAAGCAAAUGAUAUUUUUUGCUAUAAAAGGCUAAUAUAGAUGUCCGUAAAUUUGUUAUUUACUAUUUUGCAUGUUUUACAGCCUUUAUUGGUUGAAAAAUGGCACUGUUUUGCAUAUGAACCAUCUUUUCGCGCAUUUCGUCGCGUGUCUGCGUAGUGUAGUGGUAGUGGGUUUGUCCUUUGGUUCUAAAGUAGCGGGGUUCGGGGAAACAUGAGUGAAGUCAAAGUAAUCUUGUUCUUUGAUAUUAAUUAGUUUCCCCAAAGCAUCCAUCCCGUUAUAGUUGCCGUAUACUUCUUCAUUGGGUAUUGCGGUAGUCUUUCAACGGUUAUAUUUACCUAAUUUUGGCUUUUUUAAGUUUUGCUUGCACUAGGGGAGGGUAUAUUUAUCAUUUUAGGUAUAUUUCAUUAUAAUUUUUGUGUUUACAUUGUCUUUUUACGUUUUGGUUUUAAAAGUAGUAUUUUAGGUACAUCCAGAAGGCAAAUACGUAGUAGACAUUGACAAAAGCAUCGACAUCAAUCAAGUCAACACUGGAGCACGUGUAGCCCUUCGCGCCGACUCCUAUGCUCUUCACAAAGUCCUUCCAAACAAAGUGGACCCUCUGGUCAGUUUGAUGAUGGUCGAAAAGGUCCCCGACUCAACCUACGAAAUGAUUGGAGGUCUGGAUACUCAAAUCAAGGAAAUCAAAGAAGUUAUCGAGUUGCCAGUUAAGCAUCCAGAACUGUUUGAAGCUUUGGGUAUUGCUCAACCCAAGGGAGUGUUGUUGUAUGGUCCUCCCGGUACAGGAAAAACCCUGUUGGCUAGAGCUGUGGCUCAUCAUACUGCUUGCACGUUCAUCAGAGUAUCUGGUUCUGAAUUGGUGCAAAAGUUUAUUGGUGAAGGUGCUAGGAUGGUGAGAGAGCUGUUCGUCAUGGCUAGGUGGGUAUUUAUGUAUUUUAAAUAAUUUAUGACAUUUUUAUUUAAAUUAGUUUUAUGUUGUAGUUCUAGGUGGAAUAUUAAGGUAAAUAAACGGUUUAUGCUUGACUAACGGUCACUUUAUACUAAUUUUGUAUUUUAGAGAACACGCCCCAUCAAUUAUCUUCAUGGACGAAAUCGAUUCUAUUGGUUCAUCUCGUGUUGAAGGUCAUUCCGGUGGAGAUUCAGAAGUCCAACGUACCAUGUUAGAACUCUUAAAUCAGCUGGACGGCUUCGAAGCCACAAAGAACAUUAAGGUCAUUAUGGCCACUAACAGAAUCGACAUCCUGGACCCCGCCCUCCUCCGUCCAGGUCGUAUCGAUCGUAAAAUUGAAUUCCCAGCUCCAGACGAGAAGGCCCGUGCUGAUAUCCUCAAGAUUCACUCGAGAAAGAUGAAUCUGAUGAGAGGAAUCAACAUGCGCAAGAUAGCCGAAGCCAUCCCCGGAGCGUCGGGAGCCGAAGUCAAGGCCGUCUGUACCGAAGCCGGCAUGUUCGCCCUAAGGGAACGUCGUAUUCACGUCACGCAGGAGGACUUUGAAAUGGCCGUGGGCAAGGUGAUGCAAAAGGACUCGGAGAAGAACAUGUCGAUCAAGAAGUUGCUGAAGUAAAGGAUCUAACUUGUACAAUCACUAAAUAUAUUUUAUUCGGUUUAUUUGGAAUAAACUUAAUUUCAGAGGUUUGAGAGAGGUUUGGCUGGGUGUUAAGGACUUUGUAUGUUAAGGUAAAAGUUUUUUGAGCUUGUAUUGGUUUAAAAUUUGGCGAAAUGGUGGUUUAAAAGCUAUUAUUGGAAGAGAAAUUGAUGGAAAACUUAAGGUUUUGGCUUUUUUUGAAAAAUUUUGAUUUUUUUUUAUUUUAAAAAUUCGAAAGAAGAAUAACAAGAUAAAAAAUUAAAAGCACUUUUUGGAUCACCAAAAAUUUGCAUAGAACAAAAAAUAUGCUCAGUUCGGCCUCAUUUCCGCGACUCAUCCACAUUCCGUACGGUCGAACACUCCCGGAAGCGGUUGAAUCUACUUCUUUCCAAGAACAAGGACUUGAACGGAUUCGAAUGUAAGUUCUGGAUAUCGUUUUGGAUUGUUUUAGGUUUCUUGGAGCUAGGUUUGGCCAAUUUGCUAUUUUAUUUUAAGAUUUGUGGAGGAUUUUGGGCUUAAAAGUUGAGUUUAAAAGCUAUUUUUGAUGUUGUUGUAGGCUGUUUUGUGCUGUUUUUGGUAAAAUAGAGCUUGAUAACGCAAUCUCUUUGUGAAUUUUACAAUAUUAACAUUGAAAAAUUAUAUACCUUCGUAUUUUUUGCUGUAACAACCCCUAAAAACAACAUCUCCUUAAAGAUCUUGCUGUAUUACCCUCAAAAACCUACAUCAAUAUCUUGUAUCCCAUUUCCAGUUAA